AUGGCAAAGAGUACUGUGCCACUACUGUUGCUGGUGGUGUAUGGCGUCUAUUCAGCACAACUUUGCAGACUGCUUAGUCAGCCCGCUUUUCCUCUACUUUCUACAGAAAGAGACAUUAACAUUGGGGCGAUAUUCUCAAUCCACAUUAGUGCUCUGCUAAAGAUGCAUCCUUUCACUUCCAAACCAGAGCCAACAACAUGCACCAGCUUCAGUUUGCGUGAGUUUAAAUUUGCACAGACACUGAUUUUUGCAAUUGAGGAGAUUAAUAACAGCACACAGUUAUUGCCUGGUGUUUCUUUGGGCUAUAAGAUAUAUGAUUCCUGUGGCUCAAUAGCUCAGGCUAUAUUCUCAGGCAUGGCUUUGAUGAAUGGAUAUGAAGAGACUCUGAGUGACACGUCAUGCUCUAGACUACCAGCUGUUAAUGCCAUUGUUGGAGAGUCAAACUCCUCUCCAACCAUAGCCUUGGCUUCUGUAGUUGGUCCAUUCAGUUUGCCUGUUAUCAGUCAUUUUGCCACAUGUGCAUGCCUGAGUAACAGAAAAAGGUUUGCAUCCUUCUUCAGAACAAUUCCCAGCGAUUAUUACCAAAGCAGAGCGCUGGCUCAGCUUGUAAAGCACUUUGGCUGGACCUGGGUUGGUACAGUAAGGAGUCGCAGUGACUAUGGUAAUAAUGGCAUUGCAGCAUUUGAGGAGGCUGCAAAACAAGUAGGGAUUUGUAUUGAAUACUCAGAAACCAUAUUAAGAACUGAUCCACAAGAGCAGUUUCUGAAGACGCUAGAAGUGAUAAAGAAGGGUACUGCCAAAGUGGUCCUGGCUUUUGUUGCACUAAGAGAUUUUUUCCCCCUUGUGAAUGUAAUUGCACAACACAACAUCACAGGGAUACAGUGGGUUGGCAGUGAAUCCUGGAUCACUUCUCGAACUAUUGCAGAAACAAAGGAAUACAGUUUGCUUUCUGGAGCAGUGGGUUUUGCUAUAGCAAAUGCCAAACUUGUGGGCCUGCGAGAGUUCCUAGUGAAUGUGCACCCUGAUCAAGAACCAAACAAUAAACUUUUAAAAGAAUUCUGGGAGACAGCAUUUCAGUGUUCUUUCAGGUUUCGCAGCAAUGGUGCCUGUACUGGUUCAGAGAAAAUGACAGAGCUGCAAAAUGAAUAUACUGAUGUUUCAGAAUUACGGAUAGCAAAUAAAGUGUACACUGCAGUGUAUACUAUUGCACAUACACUACAUAAUAUAUUAAAAGACUUCAAAUCCUCCACCAACAGCAGCAAAGGAAAAUGGCCUACCCCACAAAAGGUGUUGGAGUAUAUGAGAGAUGUGAGAUUCCUUGUUAAAACAGGUGAAGAAAUUUUCUUUGAUGCAAGUGGUGAUCCUGUGGCGAGAUAUGACCUGGUGAACUGGCAGCCUGCUGGGAAUGGAGGUCUGCAGUUUAAGCAUGUUGGUGUCUAUGACAGCUCAAUGCCUUUAGAGAAACGUCUUCAGGUCAAUCAGGAAAAUGUGUUAUGGGCAGGGAAAAGUGGACAGUUGCCUGUGUCCGUGUGCAGUGAGACCUGCCCCCCUGGCACUAGGAAAGCUGUGCAAAAAGGACGACCUGUCUGCUGUUAUGACUGUAUUCCAUGUGCAGAAGGAGAAGUCAGUAAUGGCACUGAUUCUAGUGAUUGCUUCUCUUGUGAUUUGGAGUACUGGUCGAAUGAAAGCAAAGACAGAUGUGUCUUAAAAAUGGUUGAAUUCCUGUCCUAUACUGAAAUCAUGGGGAUGGUGCUUUGUAUUUUUUCCUUGACUGGAGUGUUAUUAACAGCAAUGGUAUCUUUUCUCUUUUAUCUUCAUAAAGAAACACCUAUUGUAAGAGCCAACAAUUCAGAGCUGAGCUUCCUGUUGCUCUUCUCACUCUCACUGUGUUUUCUCUGUUCACUUACUUUCAUUGGUCAACCCACUGAAUGGUCCUGUAUGUUGCGUCACACAGCAUUUGGGAUCACUUUUGUCCUCUGUAUCUCCUGUGUUUUGGGGAAAACAAUAGUGGUCUUAAUGGCUUUCAAGGCUACACUUCCAGGAAGUAAUGUCAUGAAAUGGUUUGGGCCUUUUCAACAGAGACUCAGUGUCGUUUCCUUAACGUUAAUACAGGUGAUUAUAUGUGUGAUUUGGUUAACAAUAUCCCCUCCUUUCCCAUAUAUGAAUUUGAGCUAUUAUAGAGAAAAGAUCAUCCUUGAAUGUAACUUAGGUUCAGCUCUUGGUUUCUGGGCUGUUCUGGGUUAUACUGGCCUGCUAUCAAUCUUGUGUUUUUUUUUAGCUUUUCUUGCUCGGAAGCUCCCUGAUAACUUCAAUGAAGCCAAGUUCAUCACAUUUAGUAUGCUCAUAUUCUGUGCUGUUUGGCUCACAUUUAUACCAGCUUAUGUCAGUUCUCCUGGAAAAUUUACAGUAGCUGUAGAGAUAUUUGCUAUUUUAUCUUCGAGUUUUGGUUUAUUAUUUUGCAUAUUUGCUCCAAAAUGUUACAUCAUUUUGUUAAAACCAGAGAAAAACACAAAGAAACAAAUAAUGGGGAAAUCCUAA